AAUGCAAUAAUCGAUGCAACCUUACUUCGGUUACUCAUAAAACUUGCAAUAACAACUCCACACGUGUGUUAUUUAUUGUAAUUCGUCGGAAACAAAUAUGAAGCAGAAAAAGAAGCUGGCUGUGGGAUUCAGCCGCGAAGAGCGGCAGGUGCUUGUUAUCGGUGAAAUCAUUCAGGAGUUGCUCAAGGCGCACGAAGCCAAAAAGGAUGUGAAUCUAAAUCGAAUGAAAUCACUCAUAUCAUCCAAGUAUGGUCUGGACAGCUCUCCGCGACUUGUGGACAUUAUAGCAGCUGUGCCGCAGGAUGCCAAGAAAAUAUUGCUGCCCAAGUUGCGGGCAAAACCAAUAAGAACCGCAAGCGGCAUUGCUGUGGUAGCUGUGAUGUGCAAACCGCAUCGUUGUCCACACAUUAAUUUUACCGGCAAUAUUUGCGUUUAUUGCCCCGGCGGACCAGACAGCGAUUUCGAGUACUCCACACAAUCCUACACGGGCUAUGAGCCGACCUCGAUGCGUGCCAUACGCGCACGCUAUGAUCCCUUCCUGCAGACACGACAUCGCGUGGAGCAGCUGAAGCAGCUGGGUCACUCCGUUGACAAGGUAGAGUUCAUUGUGAUGGGCGGCACAUUUAUGGCCUUGUCGGAGGAAUAUCGUGACUACUUUAUACGCAAUUUACAUGAUGCACUCUCUGGUCAUAGUAGUGCCAAUGUGGCCGAAGCUGUGCGUUAUUCGGAGAAAUCUCGCACAAAGUGCAUUGGCAUCACAAUUGAGACACGUCCCGAUUACUGUUUGAAGCGUCACAUCUCUGAUAUGCUGAGCUAUGGUUGCACACGAUUGGAAAUUGGAGUGCAGUCUGUGUAUGAGGAUGUCGCAAGGGACACAAAUCGUGGGCACACGGUGCGCGCUGUUUGUGAGACCUUUAAUAUGGGCAAAGAUGCCGGCUAUAAGAUUGUCACACACAUGAUGCCCGAUCUGCCCAAUGUGGACUUUGAGCGCGACAUCGAGCAGUUUAUUGAGUACUUUGAGAAUCCCGCCUUUCGUUCGGACGGUCUUAAAAUUUAUCCCACACUCGUCAUACGUGGUACUGGACUAUAUGAGCUGUGGAAAACUGGGCGCUACAAAUCGUAUCCUCCCUCUAUGUUGGUCGACUUAGUGGCCAAAAUAUUGGCACUGGUGCCACCAUGGACACGUGUCUAUCGAGUACAGCGAGAUAUUCCCAUGCCUCUAGUUAGCUCCGGUGUUGAGCAUGGAAAUCUGCGAGAAUUGGCGCUGGCACGCAUGAAGGACUUGGGUACCGUGUGUCGUGAUGUGCGAACCCGCGAAGUUGGUAUUCAGGAGAUUCACAACAAAGUGCGUCCCCAUGAAAUUGAAUUCAUACGACGUGAUUACGUAGCCAACGGUGGCUGGGAAACCUUCUUAUCCUACGAGGAUCCCGAGCAGGACAUACUUGUGGGUCUUCUACGCUUACGCCAGUGCUCGCCGGACACUUUCCGACCGGAACUGCAGGGUAACUGCUCCAUUGUACGCGAGCUCCAUGUGUACGGGUCUGUGGUGCCCGUCAGCUCACGUGAUCCAACUAAGUUCCAACACCAGGGCUUUGGUAUGCUCCUUAUGGAGGAGGCGGAGCGCAUAGCUCGAGAGGAACAUGGCAGCAACAAAUUGGCAGUCAUCUCCGGCGUGGGCACACGUAAUUAUUAUCGUAAAUUAGGCUACGUGCUCGACGGACCCUACAUGUCCAAGAUGAUUACACAGGAGGAACAAUCAUAAGAUAUUUGGUGUUUUGGUGCAACUAUAACAAUUGUUAAAAUACGCGGAAUAUGUUUUUAAAUAAACAUUAAAUCGAAAA